GCAACUAAUUUUACAAGUAUUUUUUUUAUUGUAAAAAUCUAAAAUUUAUUAAAUAAAAGUCAUGAGUUUUUUGAACAAAGAAGAACGGGCGAAAUGUUGGGGUGACCGUGAUGCAUACUGGAAAUGUUUAAGUGAAAAUGCUCCCCAGCACAGUUCCACAUCGGGUGAAAAAGUGCCCGAUGCUUGUAAACAAUUGCGCAAACUGUUUGAGACCAGCUGUCCCACAACCUGGGUGAAACAUUUCGAUCGCAAACGGACCUAUGAACAAUUUAAGGAGAAAAUUCAACAGGGUUAUGACCCAUUGGAUGAGAAGGCCCAGAGGACGGGCCAGUGAUGGACAUUAAGUGCAAAAAUUAAAAAAAAAAAAUAUUGUUAAUGUUUAUGUUACUAAUAAUUUAAUAAAAAUUUGUAUUUAAAAAUUACA